AUGUAUCAAAGUGUGUCUAGGGCGAGUAAAAUUUUGAAGUACUAUAAGACGAAACCAGUUUCGGGUCCUAGAGUGAUAACUCCUGAAAUUCAAAAGUCCUUGGAUGAAGCUGAUACUCUAAAGAAAAGAGGUAAGAAGGGAGAUAAAUUGAAAAAGGGAAAAGAUGGUCCAUAUUCUCAAGCCCUUACUCCUAAGAAGCAUAAGGGUACAUGUGCUAACCCUUCAGCUCCCAAGAAGCAAAAGCUCAAGAAGAUGGCAAUGACCCCUCCUUCUUCCCCAAGCGAUAGUGAUUACGCUACUUCUAAUACGGAGGUUGUCGAGAAAAGCGACAAUGAAGACUCCCAAAUUGAUGAUUCGAUCCACGGUCAUUCACCUCUAUCAACACCAAACCAAUCGGUAAAUCUUGAUGCUAAAAUUCCAUCUCCAACUCAUUCUCCUACUCAUACCACUACUCCAGUUACUAUCGCUCCAUGUCUACCUCCAGUUUCCACCCAACCACCCACUUGUAUUUCACAGCAAAACCUAAUUUUUCUAAAUCUACUACUACCACCACUACAGCCGGACCUAAUGUUGAUGCCAAUGAAUCUGAUGCAGGGGCAAAGACAUCAGUUACGAAGAUUCCCUAUCACUCAGAAGGAUUUGGAAGCCCUAAAUGCGAAACUAGAUACUAUCCUUGCCUCUUCGACUACUUCUUCCAGCCAAGCUUACUCUGAAGCCGUUGUAAAGGGUAUGCUUGCCACUUUAGUUAAGGAACAUGAUGCCAAUCUUGUUAAAGCCAAAAAAGUAGUUGAGGAUUCUGCUCAUUCUUGUCUGCAAGCGACCGAAAAGGUCGAUAAACUAAUCUCUGACACGAAAGCUUUUAUAAUAGAUAUCAACACAGCUGUAGCGAAAAAUGCUCCAAAUGUGAAUGAUGCAAUCGUCAACCUCAAUGCUUCGCUUCGUAAAGAAUGUGAGUCUAUUGAGAAGCUACAGGCUGAUAUUUCUGCUGACAACUCUGCUUUUCAGACAUGUAUCUCUUCAAGCCUUUCUAAAUUUCAAGAAGAUUUAGAUGUUGAAAGCAAAUUCAUGGUCGAACUUGCACUCCGCGCCACUCAACUGAAGACUCAAGAAAUUAAGCUCAAGCAUGCGCAAAAAGAGAUAGACGAACUCAAAUAUGAGCGAACAGUUAAGAAAAGUUGUGUGAGUGAUGUCAACUCGUUGUUAUCCAAUCUCGUCGAAGCUUGUGACCCAAUCUUGGCCAUCACUAUUAGAUGGCACCUUGCUGACAAGCUUUGCCCUGCUAUCGCUUUGUUGAACAGGCUAGAGAGUGUUCUAGAGGCCCCUGUCCCUCCAGAACAUGGGGAGAUUGCUCGUGAUCUAGAACUGAAUGAAAAUGCUCGCAUAGCGAGGGAAGAUGAAGAGAAAGAGCUAAAGGGGAAAGAAGAUGAUGAUACAUUGGAAUGUAGAAAACUAUUGUUUCCUAUGUGGACGUUAGAGCGGAUGAUGCAUGAAGUUGUUGAUCUUCCUAGUGUGCACUGGUUGGAACCGGUUGCUUCUUUUGAUCUGGAUAACACGAAGGACUCCCAGUUUGAUAUGCCGUUUACAAGAAGAGCCUUCAUGUUUCACUAUUUCGAUACAAUAGCCGAAGUUUCCUCUCCAGAUAUCAAAGUAGACAAAGCCCUCAUUGAUUUUUAUCUCGCUUUUGGUAUACUGCAAUACUUAACCUGGAGUGCCCAGAAAAUCACAACAGUAAAAGUCAUAGGACCCAUUGCUAUUGUCGGUUUCAUGAACGUCAAAUUCAAAGUGACGAGGGGUUCAGAAAAUUCCCUGCAUUAA